GAGGGUACUACAAGUGAAGCGUGUUUGUGAUCGGAGUUCCUCAAGCAAUUUUCGGGCAAAAAGAGCCGAUUUGUGCGUGAUCCCCGCGUGAACUGCAGUGCUAGCGUGAAUGGUGUUGUCCAGUGUGACUGUGCUGUGUGCGUGCGCGGCUAUGUGAGUGGCAAAGUCCUUUUUCUCCUGCCCUGGGAACUUUGACAACUUCGCGAGUGCCAUUCGUACCGCAGGGAAUUUGGCCGAAUCCACGGAUUUUCCAGCAUUUCCGCGGCAAUAAUGACUAGGAUCAGCCAGAGUGAAGCGCCAAAGAAUGCUUCAUCGUCGCCGUUGCUGAGCUAGAAAAAACCCUUUCCGGAAAGCGUAGAAGAGAGAGAGAAUCACACGCUCGACAAUGACCCACAAUCUGGGUAUGGCGCCGUACAGGAUGCCGGGCCCCGGUAUGUGUCCGGCGGACUUCAAGUCGCCCUCCGAGUCGCCGCAGCUGCCGGUGUCGGCGCCCAGCAAUCCCAAGAAGCGCCGGAAAACCUCGAAUGCGGCCAACAAUCAGAUGAAUUCGGCCCCACCGCCCACGCCGGAGAACCUGCUCCCCCCGCCGCUCACGGGCUACGGGGACACGAUCGUGGCGUCAAAUCCGUUUGACGACACGCCGCCGCCCACGAGCCAUCCGCCGCCGAUGGGGCACCACAUGGGCAUGCACGGGCCUAUGAACCACCAUCCUCACAUGCACCAUCCGCACAUGGGGAUGCCGUCGCUGCGCGGAAUGGGACCGAUGGGCCCGGGCAUGGGUCCCGGGCCGAUGGGACCCGGCAUGGGGGGCCCCAUGCCGCCGCACAUGGGCCCCGUACAGCGGAUGCCGGGCGGGAUGUCGCCGAUGGGUCAGGCGAUGGCGCAGCCGAGUGGAAUGUCGCCGAUGGCGAGCAGUAUGUCGCCGAUGGGCUCGAUGGGCGGCAUGUCGCCCAUGCAGAUGCAGUCGCCCAACAGCCAGAGAUCGAUGGGCAGUCCAAUGGGCGGCGCGGGCGGCCCCAUUGGCAGCCCGAUGGGUGCCGGAGGCGGACACAUGAACAACGGACAAAUGGGCCCGCCAAUGCACAGUCCUCUGGGCAACGGACCCACAAUGGGCCACAUGCCGGGCGCCGGUGGACCGCAGAGGCCCAUGAAUGUGCCCAACGGGGCCAUGACGUCCACCGGAGGCCCCAUGCCGCCCCAUCCUCAGCAGCCAAUGCAGCAACUCACGGCAAUGGCGGCGCAGCCAAUGACCGGCCAGAGCGGACAAAUGUCCGGGCCUGUGAUGGUGAAUCACCAGGGCAACAUGUGCCAGCCGCCGGCGGGGCACCACGGGCCCCAGCAUAAUCACAUGAAUCACCGAAAUCAUCCCAACAGUGGCCCCGGGCCGGGUGGCAUGAACCCCAUGGCGAUGCACCAGCACCAUCAUCCUCAUACGCAUCCGCAUGUGGCGCCUGGGCCGCAGCAAUCGCCCCAGCAAUCACCGCAGCAGAUGCACCAGCAGCAGGGACAGGCGGGUCCGCCGCCGCAAGGCGUGCACGGCCACCACAUGCAUCCGCAGGCGAUGGGACACCCUGGAGGCCCCGCGGGACCGCCGCAAACGGUUCCCAAUCAGCAAAUGCCUCCGCCACAACAGCCCCCGCAGCAGCAGAUGCCUCCGCCCCAGCAACCACAGAUGGGGCAGCAUCAGAUGGGCCCCAUGGGCCAUCCGCAGCAGCCGCCGCAGCCGCAGACGAGUCAGGGUCCCGGCGGAGGGCCCGGAGGAGGCGGAGGACCGCCUCAGAUGGUUCCACAUCACCAGCAAAUGACGCCCCAUCCGCCGCAGGUUUCGCCUCAUCAGAUGCCACCGCCGCACCAGAUGCAGGCGCCGCCCCAUCAGAUGCAGGCGCCCCACGGCGGCGGUGCCACGGGGGCGCUCAGCGCGAUGUCCGCCAUGGCGAAUCACGGCAUCAUAGCGGCGGGCGGGCAUCUGCAUGGCGGCCACAUGGGCAGGCCGCCGCAUCCCAAUCAUCCGCCCCACUCGACGCAUCCGCCGCACAUGCAGAACGCCCCCGGACCCAUGCCGCCGCCAGGUGGAAUGUUCGCUGGGCCGCCAGGGCCGCCGGGCGGCGUUGGCCCGCCAGACAUGACACCCAAGCCGAUGCCCGUGAGCGCGGGCAAGGUUUAUCCGCCCGACCAGCCCAUGGUGUUCAAUCCGCAGAACCCCAACGCGCCGCCUAUUUACCCCUGUGGGGUUUGCCAUAAGGAGGUUCACGACAACGACCAGGCGAUCUUGUGCGAGUCCGGGUGCAAUUUCUGGUUUCACAGGACAUGCAGUGGUCUGACGGAAGCGGCAUUUCAGUUCAUCCAUGCGGAAGUGUACGCGGAGUGGAGUUGUGACAAGUGUCUGUCUUCCAAGAAUAUUCCCCUCGUGAAGUUCAAACCAUAAAAGAGAUGAUCAUCGGCAAUGGGAAGAGAUAGAGAGAAAACAUUUCAGUACUAACACGACGAGAUUACUUGUGAGCGAUAAAUUUUAGGGUAUAGAGAAAAAUGCAAGGAUCAGCAAGAAGAUCAAUCUGUGUUCAUGCGGCGACUGAUCGAUCAUGUGAAGAGCGGAAAAGAGUGUGUCUCGAGGGAGGCGCGAAAGGACACUAGGACACAAAUGAUGUCAGGCUUGUGUGUGUUUCAUGAGUGUUGGCACGAGUGGUGAAGGAGUAGUUUUUUUUCGGUA